GAACGAUAUUCGGCAUUGGAUUAGAAGCUUAAAAAAAUGGCUUGUUGAAAAGAAAGUAGUCGGAGAAAGGAAACUCAAUUUGCCCCAGUUUACGAAUUAGUUCUGGUGCAAGAACAAAACAGAUUUAUCCAUUUUAUUGUCAAGAUUUUGUAGAAGACAUUCUUUUAUUCGAUUUUACUCGGAUAGUUCCAAAGUUUACUUGUACACCUUCCCCCGGCACCGGCCCACGUGACCCCUUCGAGGGUUAGAAAUUAUGAACCAGCAAGGCGUACUACACUGCGAAGUUUGCAAUGCACAGUUGCCAAAUUUCAAUUCUAUGAAAUGGCAUAUACAAGGAAAAAAGCAUCAAAAUGCUCUCCAGUUCUGGGACAAAAAGAAGGAGACAGCCAGGCUCAGUGUCUUUGUACGCAACUUCCCGAUGGGCACUACAGAGCAAGAAUUAUGGCAGUAUUUUGCCCAGUUUGGACGUGUAACAAAAGUCACCAUUGUCCCUCCAAAGAAUUUAUAUGCUAUCAUCGAGUUCAAUAGUGCAGACACGGCUGAUUAUGUCCUGCAACAAAAUAAUCACAAGCUGAACAGCCAGAACUUAAUUGUGAAAUCUAGAGAAGUUGAGGUUCCUGGCCAACCAGCCACAAAUAGGUAUCAGCACGGGUACCAGCAGUUUAGAGGCGGUGGAAGCCUUGGGAUGGGACCAAUGAUGAGAGGGAGAGGAGGCCCAGGCCCCGGGCCAGGUCCUGGUCGUGGUGGCUACGGUAUGGGCCGGGGAGGAUACCAGGGUAACUAUGGUCCAGGUCCAAUGUAUGACCAGGGCUAUUAUGAUGAUCAGGAGCCGGGUUCCAGCAAGAAGAAAAAAGCAAAUGUUGAAGAUCAGAUAGAACAGUACUACCACGAGGAAUUGAUUGAGAAACUUAUGAAAGUGAAAGGGGUUCAGAACCAGCUUGAAUGGCUAUGCCAGAACCUGCAGGUGACGGCUGAAGAGGCUCAGACCAAGUUCCAGUUAUGCGAGAAGCUGCAGACCUGUCUUGGAAAGUUUUUCCCAG